UGAUGCAUAAAUGUAUAGAAAAAUAGGUGGGGGCGGAGGGGGAGAGAGAAGGGACCAGGGUAUAAAAAGGGCCCACAAGGGACCAAUUCCAGGCUCCCAGCACCCAGCUCCCCAAGCGCUCAGGGUCCUGUGGACAGCUCACCUGGCUGCAAUGGCUGCAGACCCUCAGAGCUCUGUGCUCCUGGCCUUCGCCCUGCUCUGCCUGCCCUGGCCUCAGGAGGUGGGCGCCUUCCCGGCCAUGCCCUUGUCCAGCCUGUUUGCUAACGCUGUGCUCCGGGCCCAGCACCUGCACCAGCUGGCUGCCGACACCUACAAAGAGUUUGACGUGGAGCUGCUCCGCUUCUCCCUGCUGCUCAUCCAGUCGUGGCUCGGGCCCGUGCAGUUCCUCAGCAGGGUCUUCACCAACAGCCUGGUGUUUGGCACCUCAGACCGAGUCUAUGAGAAGCUGAAGGACCUGGAGGAAGGCAUCCAAGCGCUGAUGCGGGAGCUAGAAGACGGCAGCCCCCGGGCUGGGCAGAUCCUGAAGCCAACGUAUGACAAGUUUGACACAAGCCUGCGCAGCGACGACGCACUGCUCAAGAACUACGGGCUGCUCUCCUGCUUCAAGAAGGACCUGCACAAGGCUGAGACCUACCUGCGGGUCAUGAAGUGUCGUCGCUUCGUGGAAAGCAGCUGUGCCUUCUAGCUGCCGGGGCCUCCCUUUCACCCCCUCCCCAGAUCUUCCCCUGACCCUGGAAAGGGCCACUCCGGUGUCCACUGUGCUUUCCUAAUAAAAUUAAGUUGCAUCACA